AGCGGAAAAUUUGGGAUGGAACAAUGGAUGACUACAACUUUUCAAUUUCAGAUAGUUGGUCAUUUGAGAAUGAUGUUCGUAGUGAGGAGAGUGUCUCCCACAAUUGUCGUGAUUAUACACCAGAAUUUACCACCGACCAGGUUAGUUUUUACUGUUAUUGUUUUGCAUAUUCGUUAUUUAUGUUAAGACUGGUUAAUGUUGUAUUUAUACAUAUUAGUUUUUUUUAUAUAGAUUUUUGAAAGUAGAGAAGAUAUGUUAGCUUGGGCGCGGAGUGUUGGUCUAAAAUAUGGUAUUGUGGUGGUUAUUUUAAAUUCUGUUAAGUUAAAAGGCGGCAAAUUGCCGAAGUGCAUUCUUGGUUGUGAAAGAGGAGGAAAGUACGAACCGCCACGGUAUCUGGUUGAAGGGCAAUCCUUGCAAAGAAACACUGGGACUAGAAAAUGCGAUUGCCCAUUUCAACUGUGAGGUAUACCACAACAUCCAUACGAUAUCAGGUGGGGUUUAGAGGUUAUUAGUGGUGUCCAUAACCAUGAAAUAGCAAAACAUAUUGAGGGCCACGAGUACCCGUCAUGGCUAAAACCAAUAGAGAAACAAUUUGUGGUCGACAUGGCCAACAGCACUGCGUCUCGUGAGAUUCUUAAUAUUUUGAAACAAAAAGACCCGUCAAACACUACGGGAAUCAAAAGCGUUUAUAACACCAUUUUUGCAAACAAAGCAGCGAAACUGGACGGUCUAACUCCUAUUCAGUAUGUCAUACGUCAAUUACUUAAGAAACAUUACCUCCAUCAAUUUCUUACAAAUCCGAAUACUAACGAAAUCACAGAUAUUAUUUGGGUUCAUCCUAUGAGUCUAGAGCUAUCUGUCAACUUUCCGUCUAUACUGAUCAUUGACGCCACGUACAAGACCAAUGAGUAUCGAAAACCACUAUUGGAGGUUGUGGGUAUCACAUCCACAUGGCGAACUUACUCCCUUAUGUUCGCUUAUCUUAGUAAUGAGAGAGAAGAGACAUUGACAUGGGCAUUGGAUAACUUAAAAAACUGGAUGCUUCAAAAGGGGGCGUCGAUGCCAUUGGUGUUUGUUUCAGAUCGGGAUUUAGCGCUUAUGAAUGCCAUUGAAGCAUGUUUCCCUACGGCACGUCACAUCUUGUGUAUUUGGCACAUAAAUCAGUGCGUCAUGAAGAACUGCAGCCGUGUGCUUGGUCCGGAAUGGAAGCGCUUCAUCACGUCAUGGCACUCGCUUAUCAAUUCAUCUACACCUUCGUCUUUCAAACAAAAGUGGCAAGCCACGUGCGACGAUUUUUGCCAGUUCCCGUAUGUCAUAACUUACCUGUGGCAAACAUGGUUAAGGUCGUACAAAGAGCGGUUUGUUUCAGCAUGGACAGAUACAUGUAUGCACCUCGGAAGCAAUUCAAGUCAAAGGGCAGAGUCUGCACAUGCGAGGCUAAAGCUAUAGUUGGGGGAUACCAUGUCAUCGCUACAAACAUCUUUUGAUAAAAUAGAAAAGAUGUUGAAAAAUCAGUUCGAGGAAAUUAAAAAGUCGUUCGAGAAAUCAUUGAACAUUCCAUGCCAUAAACAAUUACGUGACGACAUUUUUGAUCAGAUAAGGUGUCGCAUUUCAUUAGAGGCAAUGGAGUUCAUACAUGAUUAGCUAGAAACCGCUUUAGAAGUAUCCCCCACAUUGUUGGCUAUUGCAACUGUACGAUCAA